AUGAACACACUCAGGCAAGCCGUAGCUGGCCCUUCCAGGCGCUUCCAUUCCCUCACCCUCUCCGACCCAAUCGCAACCACCUCACAGCUCCCACCCGUCAUCGAGCGUUACAUCCAGCGACAGCGCAUCUCAGACCCCUCCGCCUCCUCCCUCCCCAACCCAUUCUCCAUCCAUCGCUCGGUCGCUUCAGGCGCCGUACAGCCUCGCUCCAUAUCCCGUCGGCGGGAAAAGCAGCUCCGAUUCUGGUUCGCUCCCGAAUCACUGCCUCCAGCCCCCUCGGCGACAUCCACGCCGUUCUCGCAUACCCUGUCCGACGGGACGGAAGCGAGCCUCGCUUGGCAGGCGGAUCAACAGAUAAAGGCGAAGAAGACGCUGUAUGAGGGUCGGAAGGUGCAGUUCAAGGGGCACAAGCAUGAGCGGGAUAGGCCGGAGAGGCAGCGGGAGACGGAGGAGCGAUUGGCCGGGAUGGAGAAGCGGAUAGCUGAAUGGAAACGGAACAAGGCGGAAGCGAAGCAGAGUACAAAACCAGCAUUACCGUUCUGA